CAGCUAACCCUACACAUUCAGGAAGUGACAGCAAUAGACCGAUACAAAACAGAAACAACGGUGGUUAGUGGGAGUCGUUGUGUGCGCAGGACAAGCAGAUAUUUUAUAUUUUAGACCUAAUUACCCUACUAGUUGUGCUGUGGUUUUAACGAUGCCUUCUUGUACAACGGAGAGAAAGACACCGAGUGUUGUUUUUGCUGCCGUUGUGCUGUAUAUUAGCCUUGUUAGCCCGGGGGAAUGCCAAACAACUCCACCACCACAAACUCCCUGCUCCGCCUACAAAAACUGUGACACUUGCGUUCCACAUCCUCAGUGUCUGUGGUGCUUCAGCACCAACAACUGCACUGACUACCCAGUGAGCUGGUUGCUGCCUCCAGGCUCAGUGUGCCAGUUGGCCCAGGCCCGGUGGGGAGUGUGUUGGCUGAACUUUGAAGCCCUGAUCAUUGCCUUGGCUGUGCUGGGCGGGACCAUCAUCAUCAGCAUCACUGUGUGGUGCUGCUGCUGUUGCUGUUGGUGCAAGAGGUGUCAGCAAAGGCCUGACAGAGAUGAGGAGAGAUUUGACAGGAGGAGAGAGGAGAAC